AUGGCUAUCGCCCACCUGGCCACCGAGUACGUGUUCUCGGACUUCUUGCUGAAGGAGCCCUCGGAGCCCAAGUUCAAGGGGCUGCGGCUGGAGCUGGCCGUGGAUAAGAUGGUCACGUGCAUCGCCGUGGGUCUGCCCCUGCUGCUCAUCUCGCUGGCCUUCGCGCAGGAAAUCUCGAUCGGUACCCAGAUAAGCUGUUUCUCCCCAAGUUCCUUCUCCUGGCGGCAGGCUGCCUUCGUGGAUUCGUACUGUUGGGCUGCCGUUCAGCAGGCCUCCUUGCAGGGCGAUGCCGGACGCCUUCCGCUGUGUCUGCAUAAGUUUUUCCCCUACAUCCUGCUGCUGGUGGCCAUCCUCCUGUACCUGCCGUCCCUGUUCUGGCGUUUUGCAGCUACUCCUCAUCUUUGCUCAGAUUUGAAGUUUAUCAUGGAAGAACUUGACAAGGUUUACAACCGCUCAAUUCAAGCUGCAAAGAGCAUGUAUGAUGAUCAGGACAUGAGAGAUGGUGCCGGCCCCGUUUCGGGGCUUCCUGAGAACAUGGGGCAAAGUUUGUGGGAGAUCUCUGAAAGCCACUUCAAGUACCCGAUUGUGGAGCAGUACUUGAAGACGAAGAAGAACUGUAAGAACUUAAUCAUCAAGUACAUCAGCUGCCGGUUGCUGACGCUCAGCAUCAUACUGUCCGCGUGCGCCUACCUGGGCUAUUACUUCAGCCUCUCGUCGCUGUCUGACGAGUUUGUCUGCAACAUCAAGUCCGGGAUCCUGAGAAAUGACAGCAGCAUCCCCGAUCGCUUUCAGUGCAAGCUCAUCGCUGUCGGCAUCUUCCAGUUGCUCAGCCUCAUCAAUCUCGUGGUUUAUGUGCUGCUGGCCCCCGUGGUCAUCUACACGCUCUUCGUUCCCCACCGACAGAAGACAGACGUUCUCAGGGUGUAUGAGAUCCUGCCCACUUUCGAUGUCCUGCAUUUCAAGUCGGAGGGGUACAACGACCUGAGUCUUUACAACCUCUUCUUGGAGGAGAAUGUAAGUGAGCUCAAGUCUUACAGGUGUCUGAAGGUACUGGAGAAUAUUAAAAGCAGCGGCCAGGGCAUCAACCCAAUGCUCCUCCUGACUCACCUUGGCACGAUCAAGAUGGAUGUCAUGGAUGGCAAGAGACCGGAGCCUGUGGAAAUGACGACAGAGGAGCCGGGGGACCCGAUGACGGAGCUCAAAGAUUCAAAUGAACCCAGUGAAAUUAAAGUAAAUAACGGAGAGACGAAUGCUCGACAGAGACUUCUGGAUUCUUCCUGCUGAUGACUUUUUUUCCCCUUGAACAUGAGAUCCGUGACUUCUGUGACAUGGGAUUGGUAUUGGCUGUCAGGUUCCCAGCCGGUCCGCAGCAGACGGUUCUCAGUAGAGCUACUGAGCAUGCCUUAUUGAGUCCCCAGUGGAAAUGAUGGUCCACAGAAUGUUCUAGGAGAAUGGUUCAUGAACUCCUGAUGAGCAGCACCAUGGAGAUGAGUCAACCCCAGCAACUGUACAUGUGUGAGUCCUCAUCACAUGGAGAUGGGAAGGCUCAUCAAAGCAAGAGUCUUAGCCCUGUUUGCCUCAGAGAAGCACCUUCCUGGAGAGAUGCUGCAGUGAGACUCGGAGCUACCAGCAAGGACUUUGGUAGGCUUUUUGUAUUUGUUGUGUGAAAUAAUAAUAAACCUGUCAGGAUACAAUUGUAACAUGAAUCUCCUAUGUGCCCUUAAUGACUGUUGCAUGAGAAAACCAUU